AUGAUUAAAAAACUCCCUGCCGUAGCUGGAGAGGUAUCGGGAGAUGUGUUUUGCGGUUUGACCAUGGCACAGCACGAUCCCAGUGGGGACGUAGUUUUCUUGCAUCGCAACCAUCUCAAACUGACGGGAGAUUCCAAGGUCGAAAACUUUGACCCUCGCUUGAAAAAGGUUUUUGGAAAUGCUGUACCGUCUCAGCGAGCAAUCAGCGAAGAUGGAUAUCCAGAUCCUGCGAUAUGGACACACUUGGUUUCCUUCCGCGAGGACUCUCCGCGAUCCGAGUAUAUUAUCCAGAAACACGGUGCCAUGAACAGGUUUACAGGAAUGCAAAGGUGUUUCGGAGGACGUGAGCUGCACAGAAACCCUCACUUUGACACACAGGAAUUUACACACCUCAGCUUCGCCGGUUUAGAAUUGCGUUUACGGCAAUUUGCUAUGAGCGCAGCUAAGCUUCAAGUGAAGAUAGGAAAAUUGUCAACAUAA